UCCCUGGUUACGUCACGCUUAGGGAAGUGACGCAGGCCUCGAGACUUUGCUCGACACAAUCUUUGGCGUUUCGGAGUUAAACCGUACAGUAAUAUUUAUUAAUAUUUAUCUUAAACAUGCCUAAGCUCAGCAAAGAGACGAAGCAGCGGUUGCAGCAGGUCUUUCAGUGCGGACAGUUCGUUAUUCGGUGGGGUUUUAUCCCCACUGUUCUGUACCUAGGAUUCAAGCGUGGAGCAGAUCCUGGAAUGCCAGAACCCAACAUACUCAGUUUGCUUUGGGGUUGAAGGAGUGAAGAUGAAGUGCUUCUGCAGAACACCACAUCAUCUUUACAUCCUGUAAUACACAGCUGAGGGGUUUUGUCAUCUCGAAAAUGGACGUUAUUGUUCAAUAUGUUCUCAGCACUGUUUUGUUUUCCAUCUUCUCCAUCUCAGUGUUUGAAAACAUUGUUUAUCAUGAUGUCUGGACCAUGUGACUGGAGUAUAUUGUAUUUGAUAGUUUAUUAAUUUUUCCCUACACUCAAUUUAGCUCAAACUUUGAUUUCAAUGUUUCCCCCAGUAUGAGCGAAUAAAUGAUGAAACUAC